CCAUGCGAGCCGAAACAAACGCGCAGGACACAGAAAACGGAGGGCCUCUGUUCCGACGACGACGGCGAGCCGCAUGCGCACCAACGGAGGAACAGACACGGUCACCGCGAGCCAUCGCCCAUAAAUAGCACCUACGUCUCGCACCUCACGGCUGCAUUGCAUACAUACCCAGAUACGCACACACAUAAUCGACCUUCAACCAAUCUAAGCUUCUCGAUGUUGUCCUCCUCAAGCAGCGGCGGCUUGCUGGCGGUGGCGAUGCUGGCGGCGCUGCUCGCCGGCGCGCGGUGCGCACCGGCGAAGGUGACGUUCACAGUGGAGCAGGGGUCGGACGAGAAGCACCUGGCGGUGGUGGUGAAGUACGAGGGGGACACCAUGGCGGAGGUGGAGCUCCGGGAGCACGGCUCCAACGAGUGGGUGGACAUGGUGAAGGCCGACGGCGACCUGUGGCGGUUCGACAGCGAGGAGCCGCUCCAGGGCCCGUUCAACUUCCGCUUCCUCACCGUGAAAGGGAUGAAGAACGUCUUCGACGACGUCAUCCCGGCCAAGUACACCAUCGGCGCGACCUACACGCCUGAGCAGUACUAGUGAAUUAGUUAGUGAGCGAUCGAUCGGUUGAUCCUGCUUCGAUCUCCUUCCGUCCAUCCUCGUGAUCAAGUUUUUCUUCUUUUACCCUGGUUAAGCUUUGGCAUGGGUUAAUUGUUGCUUUGCUGUAUGUUGAGAGAUAGAGAGAGGUAUAUGGUGCUUGGAUUCUGUUUAGCCUUCUUUGACUCCUGUAACUUUGAAAUGGUUGAUGAUAAGUAUAGUUUGGGUUGUGGGGAUGUAUUGGAACAAGAA